CAGAAACAUGUGCUUCCCACUGACCUCGACCGAUGCUGCGGUCUAUUGCUUACCAAAACCUCAUGUUUGACUCGAUUAUGGCCUUUGAUGUCCAGAUUGCAUGAAAUUUGCUUCCCGUCGUUGUUUUAAUUGUACCAAUUUCCGAUCUACAAUGGCGCGAGUCCCCUUUAUCGGCCGACUCUACUUGUGUGUAGUCCGAACCAUCCACAUGUCUCCUCUGGCUAACUUCGGCGUGUAGGAGAGAGUACCUGGCAUUGGUAGGAUCCCUGAUACUCGUGGCUCUGGAAGUUCUUGUUCGAAUAAUCACCCUCGGAUUGCCUCAACCUAUAAUACGCUUCUGUUACAAUACCUCAAAGAAACUUUUCAACCGACUUUCGUCCCCAAAGUCGAAACAAGCUCGGUCCGAUCGUAAAUCUAGACACCACCACAUCGCCACUUGCGCCGACUUUACCGAGCUCUGUGCUCUUUUUGGAUACUACGCAGAAGAACAUGUUGUGCAAACGGCAGAUGGAUACCUCCUUGGUGUACACCGGUUGCCAUUCCGGAAGGGUGAAGAGCAGAGUGUCCAUGCGGUGAAUGCAGGACCUGAUUCCCUGCGCAAGCCGGUGGUUUAUAUGCAUCAUGGCUUGCUCAUGAACAGCGAGGUCUGGGUUUGUUUGACGGAAGAAGAACGGUGUCUCCCAUUUACGCUUGCUAGUCAGGGAUAUGAUGUUUGGCUGGGAAACAAUCGCGGCAACAAAUACAGCAAAAAGUCUACACAAUUCUCGUCAACGUCAACAAAGUUCUGGGAUUUCUCGAUCGAAGAGUUUGCCUUUCACGAUAUUCCCAACACAAUUGACUACAUUCUCAACACGACAUCCCAGUCAUCUCUUUCUUAUAUCGGCUUCAGCCAAGGCACAGCGCAAGCCUUUGCCACACUCUCGAUUCAUCCUGGCCUGAACGACAAAGUCAAUGUUUUUAUUGCUCUCGCACCAGCAAUGUCUCCAGCUGGUCUCAGCAAUGGUAUCGUCGACUCGCUGGUCAAGGCUAGUCCUGACGUCCUCUUCCUGGCAUUCGGCCGCAAAUCGAUUUUGUCUUCGGCGACGAUGUGGCAGUCUAUCCUGUACCCACCCAUUUUUGUGCGUUUGAUUGACAUGUCCCUUUCUUUCCUCUUCGCCUGGUACGGACGCAACAUUACCGUCCAACAGAAGCUAGCGGCGUAUCCUCAUUUAUACAGCUUCACAAGUACCAAAUCUGUGGUACACUGGUUUCAGAUCAUUAGGAACAAAUCGUUCCAGAUGUACGACGACGAUGCAUCCAACAAAUUCUCCGUCGGCGCCAGCAACCGAUAUUACAAAGUCGCCAAAUUUCCCACUCGAAAUAUCAAAACACCUAUUGUCCUCGUCUAUGGAGGUAGCGACUCAUUGGUGGACAUUCGCGUCAUGCUGAAAGAGCUUCCCCGGCAUACCAUAGCUACGGAAAUUCCUCAUUUCGAGCAUCUAGACUUCCUCUGGGCACAAGACGUUCAUAAUCUCGUGUUUCCCCACGUGCUCGAGUCGUUGCGGUACUAUGCAUUGGGCCGCAACUCCAACGGUAUACCCAAGUGCUUAGCUCUGUCAAUAGCAGACACCGCACAUCUCCAUCGACGGCAGAACAGCGGCAGCAACUGGUCAGAAGAUGAAAGCUCGUACUCAGAUUUUGAUGGUACGGGUGAUACACCGCGAACAUCACGAGUCAAAUCCUAUGCACAGCACCUUCGCGAACAACCGUAUCACCAGCAUGCUUACCCCGCGGAUCUAACCCAGAGACAACCCCGUGCGGCGGGUUUUCGUGACACUACGAAUGGUGAUGACACAGCCGGCCUGCGUGCAAGAGAGUUGAUGCGUUGGUACGAGCAGAACUACGAACUCAUCAAGGAUGAUGAGCAAGCAAUGAAAGAAAACAGAGCAGAUGCGCUGGGCAGGUCAGAUGACGCAAGUCCCAUGAUUGCAAUUUCAACUUCGCGAUCACCCGGCAUUGGUGGACAUGCAGAUCCGACAGAAGCAAAUGCAAGCAUCAAAGUGUCGGGAUCACCUUCGUCGUCGUCAGCACCGGAACAAAUUCAAACGCUACAUUCACAAACGCAACCGCAGACAUAUGCCCAGGUUGUACAAGAUCGAGUAGAGGAUGAGAAUGAAGCACCGCAGGCAGGUGCGAAGCGACAACCACAACAACAACCACAGACCACGUCACGCUCGGCAUCGGUAUCCGGGUCAGGGAGGUCUAGUCCUUCGAAUAUACAACCCAGUUUCACAACAAAGGGAAUCAGAGUCGGCAGUUCGAAACCUAGUAUUGGACAGGCUCAAGCGCACGGUGUCGACCGAUAAAGAGGGGGAAAAGUAGUCUAAAAGAAAGUCGAGUCUGGGUACAUGAUGAUUAUGUGAAGCGUGGUGUCUUUGGAUGAUAAAUAAAAAAUUGUGUUUUGGUGUAGCGCACAUGUCCAUGAUAUGUACACGUAGACUCUUAUGCCUAUUACCUGUUAAGAGGUACGUGACUGGUCAGCUAUACAUGUACAUGUACACGUACACGUACGCGCCACUCGUAUAUGCACACGUUCACGGCAGAGUAAGAUGAGGUGACAGACCAAGGUACCUAGCUAGGUUAGUUGGCUAAUUUUCACCAGUGUUUUCAGAGUGAAGAUGCUCAUACUUCCGUGAUGAUAAGAAAAACAGGGAGAAAGGAAAGGAGGAAUAUUGUGUGGUG